CUUUUCCGGUGGAGAGAAGCCUAUCCUAGCGUCUUAAUCGCUCGGCUCGGUAGGCGGUGCCGUGACAAGCCCAACCAGACGGCUGGAGAGGACGAGAAGGGCAGACGGGGCGUGCAGCCUCUUCCGCCUGGGGCCCGGAAGGGUGAUGUGGCUGCGGUAUCGCCGGCCUCGCUAUGUCUGCCAUUUUCAACUUUCAGAGUCUAUUGACUGUAAUCUUGCUGCUUAUAUGUACUUGUGCUUAUAUUCGAUCCUUGGCACCCAGCCUCCUGGACAGAAAUAAAACUGGAUUGUUGGGUAUAUUUUGGAAGUGUGCCAGAAUUGGUGAACGGAAGAGUCCUUAUGUUGCAGUAUGCUGUAUAGUAAUGGCCUUCAGCAUCCUCUUCAUACAGUAGCUGGGGAAAAUGCCAGAAUUUAAUUGCCAUCAGAUUUCAUUGUGAACAAGGACUUACUGCAGAAAAUAAUGGAAAGAUGGUUAACCCUUUUAUCUCUGAACAUUGAAUGAGAUAAAUUUCCAGAUGCUGUUCUCUAUUUUUAUGUUAUUGGACCAAUGUUCUGUAUAAAUAAUUAAGAUGUAACCAUUUAAUAGUCUGUAACAAACAACCUCAGUAUUGUCACUACAAUAUUACAUUCUGCAAAUGUUACUCUGUUGUAUCAGAUACCAAAUUUUAGUGAGGUAUCUCUAAGGCACAUAGUAGAAAACAAAAUUGGUUAAUUACUCAAGUUCCUUUCACUGUGAUUUGGAAAUGAUUUAAUCUUUAUAGAACGAGACCCUUUUUUGGACUAGCUUUUUUAUUAAAAUGGCUCAGUUUGUGUUGAUAAGGAUUGCAUUCAUGUUUAAUAGCGCUUGCUUUUCCUCUGGGCACACCAUUUUGAUCAUUAACCAGAGUACCUCUACUCUUAGCAAACUGUAGUUUAUGACAAGUAUUUAAAAUAUUUAAAACAAGCUUAUAAGUUCUUAAGGAGGAAGGUAAAUGAGAUGUAACUUAAAAAUAGUAUUGGGAAAAUGUUGAUAUUUAACAUUAGUGGAUUUAGACUAGACAAAUGGCAUAGUAGGCCCUGAAACCUCUUGUCAAGUACAUAUAAGUGUUUUGUGCAUGAAUUUUUACCAGAAAGCUGUCUUUCUCUGAAAAACACAACAUUCUUAGAAUGAAAAGAACAGUUAUAAAAUAAUUAUCCUAUAUGUGUUUUUCGUUCUUUUUAGUGUCACGGCUUCAAAAAUGAAACAUUUUAAUUGCCCUAAAGAAACUGUAUUUUUGUUUUGUUUUUUAAUAUAGCACUUUAAAUCCGGUUUGUGUUUUGUCAACUUG